CAUUUGCUCAACAAACACAUAUCUAGAGUAUUUCGAAUUUUAUUUUAUUCUGUUAACGUGAAAAUGGGAUCACGUUACGAAGUUGAAGUAAAAAUAACUUCAGCCAAAGAUUUGAAGAACAUCAACUGGCGUUACGGUCCACUCAAACCAUACGCAGUUGUCUGGGUUGAUCCUAAUGCUAAAUGCUCCACUAGAGUCGAUGAAGAUGGUGAUACUUCCCCUUAUUGGAACGAUAAACUUGUGAUUCCUUUGUAUUCUCCCAUUGAUGAAUCCGUAUUGUAUAUCGAUAUGGUUCACGCUGUUGGCGCUGAAGAGGACACAAAGCCUCUUAUCGGAUCCGCUAAGAUUCCUCUUAGCGAAGUCGUAGAGGAGGCUGGGGUAGGCGGUGAGGUGGAGCGUACGCUCCAACUCAAACGCCCUUCUGGCCGUCCUCAAGGGAAGGUAAAAGUACAGGUUACCGUACGCGACCCACGCUAUCGUGCGCGGGAUGCCUAUUACGCACCUCCGUACGGUGUGCCCCCUCCGGCCCAGCCUUAUAAUUAUGGGGCCCCAAUUCUGCCUUACGGGCAGCCGGGUGUGGGUAAUUACGGUCAGGCAGGUGGUGUUUAUGGUUACGAAGAGGAGAAGAAGAAGAGUAAAUUUGGCAUGGGGACAGGAUUGGCAGUGGGUGCAGUAGCGGGGGUAUUGGGUGGAGUGGCGAUAGCAGAGGGUAUUGAUCACUUGGAGAAUAGUAUCGCGGAAGAUGCGGCGGAGAAAGUGGAGGAAGAUCUCGCCGACGACGAUGGUGAUUACGGCGAUGAUGACUUUUAAUUAAGCUACCGUUAAGUAAUAUUCUUACAGUAUUUUUUACGCCCAAUAAAGUCAGUGAGUGAGUAGGAGCUAUUGUGAAAAAGGAAGAAGGGAAUAAGCUUAUAUUUUCUAGUAAAUCAUUAAUAUUGGCUUCUCACAAAGCAAAGAAAAAAAUUUGGAUACUAUUAUUUAAUGAUAGAUUUUAACUCGAUCGAAUAUAUCCAAUGUUAUAGAGAAAAGUUGUUCGAGAUAUAUAUUUUUGAGUGUUUGAAAAAGUUUAUUUGUAUCGAUAUUUAUAUCAACUCAAUGUAAUUUUUAUUAUUAUGCGAUUUAAUAAAGUAAAAUAAUCAAUAAGUUUCACC